AUGGCUUUCAAAAUUGCUCCUAUCCAGACAAUUGCUGGUUUUGCCCAGCCUGCGCGCCGGCGCGCCCCACGCUUCCUCCUCCCGUUCUGCUCACAGUCCCAAUCGAGCUCUCGACGAAGAAUAUCAUCCACACACGCUCCCCAGGAACAGCAGACCGUGUCAGCUCCGACUCCGCGAUGGCAACAAACUCCCCCUGCCAUGAAGGCGCCGGUGAGACUGCGCACCUCCUCCCGGGAGGAAUUUAAGGUCAACUCCGACCCUGCGGUGCUGGACAACUUUUAUGUUCGAGUGCUAGGACAAGACGGUGAUAAACUGUUAUCUGAGGAGGUUAAAUGGCAGGCGGUUACCCAUAAGAGUUUUGACCAGGGACGGAGAGGAUUUAAUGACCGACUGGCUUAUUUUGGCAAGCAAGUAAUUAUGCUCCAGGCGUCACUUGCUCUCAUUCAGAAUCCCACGGUCUAUGCCCAACCACUUAAGCCAGACUCGCAUGGGAGACAGCCGUACGAGUCCCCGGCCCUCAGAGGGCUCGAGGUUUUGUCUCAGACCACGAGGAGCCAAUUGACACGGAGGAAGGAGAUGUCCGCCCUUGCUAGACAUUACGGCAUUAGUGAUGUCCUCAGAUGGCUACCAAGAAAGGAAAACUUGACUGAAUCUGGAGUUGAUACGGUAUACACCCACGCUAUGUACGCGGUCAUUGGAGCCGUUGCACUCGAAAACGGAAGCAAAGUCGCAAACGAAAUAACCCGUGAGAAAAUCCUGAAGCCGCUAGGGUUCAAACUCGCCUGA